CCCAGCGGCUUGACUUGCUGCGUCGAGUGGCUCUAGCCAGGCUAGAGCAGCUCUGCGCGGCACCGCCGCUGCCGCCACCGCCGCUGCCACCGCCCUCAUCUUCCUCAACCCCUCCAUCGUCCCCCACUUCCCAAGCACAGCAGUCCCCAAAUAUGUCUACCACCACCGCAGCAUCACUCCUUGCCAGCGCCACCCCUACCCCCACUCGGCCAGGUGACUCCUUCCCGGCAUCCGCGCCGUCAACCCCCUCUCCGACGGUCUCCUCCGCCACCCCUUCCGUCGCCGACGCCGCCGCCAGCAUCUCCCUGGAUGACUCCAUGCGGCUUCUGACAGCCCUUGCCAAGCUUCGUUGGCACAGCCUGCCGGUGGACACUGCGCUGGUGCGAGCAGCUGCCGUACUGCCGCAGCACCGGCGGCGGCGGGUUCCGGAGCUGUCGACGCUGCUGUGGGUGCUGGCGUCGCUGCAGCACGACAGCCCGGAGCUGGUGGACGAGCUGCAGUCGGCGUUGCUUGGGGAGAAGCCGCAGCGGCCGUUAGCUGAGGAGCUCGCCUUGCUCGAGGCGGGGCAGGCGCGGGGGCCGUCAGCUGCAGGGAGCGGAGGAGCAGGAGGGGGCAGCCAGCCGGGUGCCACUCCAACCCCUGCUGCCACCACACAGCCCGAGGCUGCAGCGGCCUCGGAGGCUCUGACGGCGGCGACGGUGCCUGCGGUUUCGCCUGCGUCUCCCGCUCCUACUGCGGGAGAGCCUGUCCCGGCACAGACGGAGGAGACAGCGGCGCGGGAGUCAGAGAACGUGGCACCAGCGCAGGCUGCCUCCAGAGGGUCUAAAGCAGCUCAACCUGCUCUGCCUGAAAGCAGCGGCCCUGCAGCGGAGGCAACCCAGAAGGGGGCCGCCGUAGGGGAGCCCCAUGCAACCGUCGUCGAUGCAUUCGCUAGCAGCAGCAGCAGCAGCUCCGCCCAGGUAGCCAUGGAAUCUGACCGCUUAACGGGUGCUUCCGCAGCCGCCGCCGCCGUCACCGCAGCCGACGACGACGACGCAGAGCCCAAGGAUUGGGAGCGAACUGCUGUCGACAGUGGUAACGGCGUGAGCAACCCCAGCAGCGGCAGUAGCCUCCUCUCCCGGCCCAUCAAACCCCAGCAGCCAGCAGACACCACCCCUGACCCAGCGACCGCUACCCCGGCGCCAUUCGACCCCGCUGCUGCCACGGCCGCUGCCGCCGCCGCACUCAACCAGCGGCACGUGCAACAGCUGGAGGGACCCAUGGGUCGCGACAUGCUGCCUUCGGAGCCCUGGACUCCCGUGGACGUCUUCAAGGCCCUAUGGGCUUGCGCCAAGAUGAACCGCCACCCUGGGCCGCACAUCCUGGCGGCGGCGGAGCGAAGCUGGAUGUCGUACACGAACCCGGCGGCGGCGGCGGCUGCCGUACCGCCGCCGCUGCAUGCUAUCACGGGCCUGCUGUGGGCUCUAGCUGUGUUCCGGCACCAUAACGGCUCCUUCGCCCAGCGCCUGGCAGCGCAGCUCGCAGCGCGGUUGCAGGAGGGGCGUGAGGGCGGUGGUGACGGCAGCGGGGGUGUGGAGGCGGCGUUCGGGCGGCAGGCGCUGCAGGUGGCUGCAUGCCUGCUGGCGGCGCAGGCGGAUCGGGCGGAGUCGCCGCUGAAUACGUCACUGGCGCCGGAGAUAAGGGCGCGGCUGGUGGCAGCAUGGCGCGCGAGGCUUGCCCAGCGCAUGGCUCGGCCGCCGAACUGGUAUCAAGCUGAUAUCCUUUCGGUACUGCGCAAGAUGGGCCUUACGGCCGCCGCCAAUGUAGCCACCCCGGAUGGUUGUGCCGUUGUGGACGUGGCCGUUGCCCUGAUGCCGCCGCGACCCACGGGUCUGCCCGGUGCGGCGCCUGGCAUGGCUACCAUGAUGACGGGGCAGCCGCCUAGGCUGCUGGCGUUGGAGCUGAUUGGCCGUCACAACAGCGCUGCCAACAGCCCUCGGAUCACUGGCGAGGCGGUGAUCAAGUAUCGGUUGCUGCAGGCCCGCGGCUACAUGGUAGUCCCUGUACCGUGCGAUGAGUGGGACCGCAUCACUUUUCAGGACAUAUGGACCAAGAUCGUCUACCUGCAGGCAAAGAUUGAGCGGCGGACAGCCGUCGUGAGCGGCGGCAGUGUUGGGCCGAGCGCGACAGCGCAAAUAGCGCCUCCAGCUCCGCCGGCUGCUGCCGUGCAAGCAGGGGAGCUGGUAAGCGCCAGGGCAGGGCUUUAGUUACGAG